UAGCUGGUGUCCGAAGAUGAAGACCUUUGAGUCUACGAGGUCGCGAUCUUUACCCGUACUGCCCAGCUCCGAAGGGGAUGUCACUCCUAGGGCCCUGGCAGCCGCAAGGGCAGCAGCGUCAGCAGCUGCUGCAGCCACUGCAGCCGUCUCCACUGCCAAAGCAGCUGUAUUAACUGCAAAGACCCCAGGGCCCUAUUCUGACCGAAGCCCUCUCUCGGACCCGUCCUCUGAUAGUGUUGUUGGGAAGCCCUGCACUGGACCCAGUUUUACCCACAAGAUAGGCCAUGGGAGACUUGGCUUUAAGACUGAUGUUUCCUCUAUUGCUCGGGAUCCCUGUUCUACAGAUUACCCUAACACUAGCCCUAGCGCCGUUCCUGGCUCUAGCACCGGCCCCGUUCCUGGCUCCGGAUCUGGCCCCGUUUCUAGCUCCAGAUCUGGCCCCGUUUCUAGCUCCAGAUCUGGCCCUGUUCCUGGCUCCAGAUCUGGCCAUGGCCCUGGUUCUAGUAAAGGCACUGAUCUGGAUUCUCGCCCUGGUUGUGCCGACCCUGAGCUCAGCCCCAACGCUCUUACAAGCUCCAGACAUCCUGGGGCAAAGCUGGUCCCUAAUUAUGCCUCCGGGAAUCACUACCAAUACUGCGAGCCUCAGAAGCAACCCUGGACAUUUUUGCCAGUUUCAGAACCUGUUGCCCAAAGGGGGCUGUUGAAGACCCCUGAGGCUGAAGUGAAGUGUGAGCUUCUCGGUAAAACAUUGCCACGGGGCCACUGCCUUCUCUACAACUGGGAGGAAGAGAGAGCCACCAACCAUCUGGAUCAAGUCCCAAGCGUGCAGGAUGGCUCCGAGAGUUUCUAUUUCCGACAUGGACACCAGGGACUGCUAACCCUGCAGCUCCAAUCACCCAUGCCCCUCAGCACCACCCAGAAAGACGCAUACCAGACCCCACGAAACCGCUGUCAGCCAAUUCGAGGAAAACGUGAAGCCAUGCUGGAGAUACUGCUGUGCCACCAGAUCUGUAAAGAGGUGGAGGCAGAGCAAGAACUGACAAGGAAGCAAUUUGAGGUUGAGUCUGUGACACACCAUGACUACAAAAAGGAGCUGGUGCAGGCAGGGGCUCCUGCCCCAACAAAGUCUCAUGACUACUGCAAGGAGCAACCUGAAACUUUCUGGAUACAGAGGGCACCACAGCUACCGGGUGUCAGUAACAUCAAGACACUGGACACGCCAUUCCGGAAGAACUGCAGCUUCUCAACACCAGUGCCUCUGUCCCUGGAACAGCCUUUUCCUGAUGGACCUGAGAAUUAUUCCCACCAACUGGGACAAAUCUCUUCUCUUGGCUGUCAGGGAAGAGGGCAGGGUGGUGAGGGGGGUAGAACUGUCUAAGGGUUGAGGAGGGAAGUGAGAUGUGGAAUAUGGAAUCUAUUUCUGUCUGUACUGGAAAGGUGGGAGGAAGUGAAUUCUGUUUAUACUUGGUGAAGGGGCUUUACAUAAAGGAUUCCUUCUCAUCCUGA